GCUUACAGCCCUCUAAGUCACGGUUACCUUUGAAGUCUCAAACGCGCAACACAUCUACUUAAACAUGAAGUUCCUCAUCGUCUUCGUUGCUCUCUUCGCCCUGGCAGUGGCAGCUCCUGCUCAAGAUCAAGAUGCCCAAGUUCUGCGCCAGGAUCAAGAUGUUGGCAUUGACAAUUUCAAGUACAGCUUGGAGUUGAAUAAUGGUAACCAACAAGAAGCCGAAGGAAACCUCAAGCAAAUUGGCGAAGAACAAGCUAUUGUCGUUAAGGGCUCGUUCGCCUGGGUUGAUACUGAGGGCAAAGUGCACUCAAUUACGUACAUUGCCGAUGAGAACGGCUACCAGCCACAGGGUGAAGAUAUUCCCGUUGCAUAAGCGAAGUUGAACUUAAUUAAAUUGAUUGUUUUAUAAA